AUGGCCUUCCUCACCACCUUCUUGCUGCUCCUGUCCGGUGGGCUGCAGCGCCCCCUGCUGGUGGGAGACGUGCAUGACAACCCUGUAUUCUCACAGAGGCAGGCGGAGCAGGAGCGGUUCCUGAGCUCGGAGAUGGCGCGGCUGCACAAGGAGUUUGACCUCAACAGCCAGCCAGACCCCGUCCCCGAAACCCCGAACCCAGAGCCAGAGACAACUACCGGGCCGACUCCGCCGCGCGUCGAAGCCUGGGGCCCCUGGAGCUCCCUGGCUCUGCUUGUCGGGGGGGCUUUCCUUCUGAUGGAGGUGUGGAGGCAGGAGCCCCAAGAGGAGGGUCCGUCGGAGUUGAGCGAAGAAGAAGAAGAAGAAGAAGAAGGAGAAGAUUUGGAAGAUGAGCCGCCACUAGGGGGCUGCGAUUUCGUGGUGGGCUUCGUGGACGACCUGCUGGGUUCCUUCCGCGGGCUGUGCCGGCCCGGUCUCGACCCGGCUCCGGGGGGCUGCGUGGGGGUGGGGAGCAUGUUCGAGAAGUGGGGGUCCCGUUCAGAGCCCCGCUGGGACCUCCUGGUCCCCCUCGAAGCCCCGGAUGGGUACGCCUUCAAACACGAAGCUGUGGACAGCGGGAGUGGGGGGGAGCUGCGCGGCAGGAUCGCGGUCUACCGGGGCUGUACCUGCAACAGCCUGGGGGGGGCACUGUGUCUGGUGCACAGGAACACAAAAGCCUUGCUCCUCAGAGGAAAGCCCGAGCUCUCUCUGGAGUCCUCGCUUUGCUCUGGGAUUCACCUGGACGUGUCCAAGGUCCUAGUGUGGUUCGGGGCUAAACUCAGGAGAGCCUGGGGCGAAGUCGCCCACAGAUACGAUUUCGAGGUGUCGUUCUCCGGUGGCGGCACCCCCCCCUGCAGGAUCAAGCUGACCCACCCUUCCCGCCGCUCCCUCUGGAUCAGCCUCACCCCGGCCGUGCACUACCCCGGUUCGGAAGUGUACCCCUGCGCCACGCCCCUCCGAGCCCCCCUGGUGGACUGGCUCCUGUCCCUCGCCGUCUACGAGCUCCAUUACCUGAACACCGCGGCGCAGCGGCUGCCGAGACACAGCUGCCACCUUGAGUGCCUCCGAAUCCUGGCUGCCCUCCGGGACCGCAGUUCCUCCUCCCCGCCACAAGAGGGCGCCGCCGUCCUGACGUCGUACCACUUCAAAACGGUCCUGAUGCACCUGCUUCUGCUGAGGCCGGCCUCUCUGUGGGUCCGCGGGCGACUGGCGGAGCAGCUGGCAGACGUGCUGCUAAUGCUGGGUAGGUGUCUGGACCGGAGGAGGCUGCAUCAGUUCGGGGUCCAUCCUGGGGAGAUGGGAGACCCCCUACGACGCGCCCCGCCUGUCAAUCUCUUUCGCCCCCUGCUGGACGACCGGGGUCUGUACCUGCGGGCGCUGGUGGAGUAUCGAGAGCUCCUGUCGAGAGCGAAGGCGCUGGUACCACAGGGAGAGAAGCAACGCAGCGUGCUGGAGCAGAGACAGUGAGACUGGAUGAGGUGACAGGAAAUCACUCAGGAGUUUGAAGUGUUUGUUUUUCAUUCUUCAUCAUAUUCUUCAUCUUCUAAUUAUUAUUAUUAUUAUUAUUAUUAUUAUUAUUAUUAUUAUUAUUAUUAUUAUUAUUAUUAUUAUUAUUAUUAAUUAAUUAAUUAUUUUAAAAGGAAACUUUGUUAUUUAUUUAUUUUUUAUUUUAGUUCAUUAUACA